AUGCUUUGGGACCCUUUCAUUAAUAUCCUCGAAAACGAGCAAAUGAUCAUUUGCACGCCACAUGUUCGACAAAACUCCCGAACCAAAUCCUCGUUCGAGUGGUGGGAAGGCCCGGAAGCCCAUAUUCUCCGGGCCGAGCUCCCGGGCUUCGAUAAAGAGGAAGUGAACGUGGCAACCGAUGCAGAGAGAAUGACACUUACAAUAAGCGGCCAAAGGAAUAAAGUCGAGAAGGAAGAGAAGCUCGAAAACGGGUACUACUUUGAGAGUAGUAGCAAUGGCCGGUUUGUUAAGGUUUUUACCUUGCCGGAGGAUAGUAAACAGGGUAAAGUCUGGUUUACGGUGGCGAAUGGGUUUAUCGAGAUCACGGUUCCUAAGAGGGAUGUUAGGGUUUGA